AUGAGAAAUCGCUUGUUUCUAGGGUCUCCAAACCGGCAUAAGUAUGUCCUGGUGGGUGCGAUUCUGACUCUAUUCAUCCUUUUUAAGUCUCUGCCCCCACCGGUAUCUAGGCUAGACCCCCGCACUGAGAAGUUGUACGGGGAAAGCCAACCACGAUAUCUUCACCAGUCUACCUUUCGCACAAGUCCAGACUAUGAAUAUGAGGUUAAGCUCUCCAAUGCGCUACGCGCCAUCGAGAUAGAAAGGCAAAUGCGCUAUGAUGAGGAUGCGACAGACACACUGUGGCAGAUUAUGUUACCAGGUGUCAACCACCGAAGCGACGAUUCAAUUCAAUUCGAGACAAAAAAUUCAGAAUGGAAAUACAAACUCGUCCAAACCGACUGGGCCGACAAAUUCAUUUUGGAGACUCUCCAAUCCAUUCCAGAAAUCGCCCGACUCUACAAAUCCUACCCGCACUCCGUCCACCGAGGAGAUCUCCUCCGCUACUUGAUUCUAUGGUACUACGGCGGCUACUAUGCAGAUCUCGAUGUAUAUCCCGCACGCAGCAUCAAGCACUGCCCCUCACUACGCGACUCAGUCUUCAAGGACAACACAGUCAACACGAAUAUCUCGCUGGUCGUCGGAAUUGAGAUCGACGAGCCUUUCGCCUCGCCGCAGAAAAUGCGCGACUGGCACUGGGCCCGACGUUACGGCUUCAUUCAGUACACAAUGUAUGCGCCACGACGGUUCAGCCCGCUGCUAAGAGAGAUCAUCGUCCGGGUACUGGCCCAUACAAAACGGCGUGUCUACGAGAGCCAUUUCUGGAGUGGGGGUUACAGCGAAAUGGAUACGCUGGAAAUUACUGGCCCGGGCGUGUUUACAGAUGCCAUUCUCGAUGUGCUAUCGGAUACAUUGCCGCCUACACAUCGGUUAGUUCAGCAGUCUGCAGAUGCGGACGCUGGGUUCUCACCCUCAGGUUCGUCUGUACAGCGUGUGACGUGGGCGCCUUUUCACGGGAUCCAAGAGCCACUCUGUGUUGAAGGCCCAGAAGCCAAGUCUGACAAGCUUCUGGGAGGACUGUGUGUUCUACCUGUCAACGCCUGGGGUAAUGGACAACGGCAUUCUGGAUCGGAGAACUUCAAUAGUCAGCAAGCUUGCAUUAACCAUCGAUUUGGGGGAACCUGGAAACCUUGGAAACAGAGCUGGCAGAAGUAUCUCUUUGGAUGA